GAUUGAUGAAGCUGAGAGGGUGAAGAACAAAAUCUCCAACAAAAAGCCUUUCCAUUAUUGGUCACCAGGUUUUGGGAAGUUUGGUGGAACCAGGCAACGGAGCUUCUUUGGCAAGUCUGGUUUCCGGGGCCUGUCUUCACGGUCUAAACCUUACGGGCAAUGCAAAGCUGGCACCAGAGGGGACCAGCGAUCUUUUUCUCCAAGGGGACACUCAUCUUUAAAAAACUGGAGAGGCCGGGGACUCAACAACCCCCGGCAAUAAUCCAGAUGUCUUCAGAAAAUGAAGGUAGAGAAAGCAAAGGGGUGGCUCAUUGUUCCUCUCUGGGCAUCUCAACCGUGGAUGAGUCUCCUUAUGCGGAUGCUGGUCAACGAACCGUGGACCAUAAAUCAGAAAGUGAAUGUCUUGCAACAUCCAUCGUCAAAAGAGGUACACCCAAUCUUGCGACACAGAGCUGGGACUCAUCCACUUAUAAACAGGUUCUUGUGUGGUGUAUUUAAAUUAAGACCAUCUUGCCCCAGAUAUGCAGAAACUUGAGAUGUACAGCCUGUGUUGAUGAAGCUCCGGACCAUGGACCUGUUAAGUGAACUUUCUUUGAAGGAAUUCACUCUCAAGCUGGUGAUGCUGAUGGCUUUGACACAAGCUGCAAGGGUUCAAACUUUACAUCUAUUGUUAUGUAAGGAGGCUUGCAUAGAUGACUCUUGUAUCACACUUUGGUUAGGAGGAAACUUAAAACAGUGCCAUCCAAAAUUUAAUGUUCAAAUGGUAAAAUUUUUUGCUUAUGAUCGGGAUUCUCAACUUUGUGUUGCACAAACUUUGAAGGAAUAUCUUGUGAGAACUGAAAAUUUGAAAAAGAACUCUGGUCAUGAUCAUGGGAAACUCCUUAUCAGUUUCAUUAAACCACAUGGUGGCAUUUCCAAGGACACUGUGGCAAGGUGGAUAAAGACUAUGCUGACGGAUUGUGGUAUCAUUACCAAAAAACACACGGCUGGCAGUGUUCACUCUGCCUCGGUGUCUAAGGCAAAAGCCCUAAAUAUACCUAUUCACACUAUCCUGGCAAAGGCAGGUUGGACGCAGGAAACCACCUUUGCUAGACAUUAUAAUAAGGAGAUUUCCCAGGUCACAGAUCCUUUUCAAAGGGCAGUACUUGAACUUGCAUAAUUAGGUUUUGCUGUUAUCUCCAUAAUUCAUAAUUUGUAACCAGGUUGGUUAUGUUGUGAUUCAUUUAUAUAUUAUUUGGUAUUAUUUGUAAUAAGGAAGAUUUUUCACUUUAGAAUGAAAUUGGGGUUUAUAUUUCUCAGUUCUUUUCUUUACCGACUAUCUAUUUGGA